GAGGGGAGCGGCGAUGAGCGCGGCGCGGGCGCGGCGCGGGGCCCGCCGAGCAGGUGGGGAGCAAAACAUGACAGAAACAGAUGCCUUCUAUAAAGAAGAGUACAGGAUGGACCACAGGAGGAGAGGGGUCGCUUUAAUCUUCAACCACGAGAGGUUCUUCUGGCACUUGACGCUGCCGGAGAGGCGGGGCUCGAGCGCCGACAGGGACAACCUCACCCGCAGGUUUUCAGACCUAGGAUUUGAGGUGAAAUGCUUUAAUGAUCUCAAAGCAGAAGAACUACUGCUCAGAAUUCACGAGGCGUCAACUUCUAGUCACGCAGACGCUGACUGCUUUUUGUGCGUCUUCCUGAGCCACGGCGAAGGCAAUCACGUUUACGCCUAUGACGCCAAAAUUGAAAUUCAGACCCUGACUGGCUUGUUCAAAGGAGACAAGUGUCAGAGCCUGGUUGGAAAACCCAAGAUAUUUAUCAUUCAGGCAUGUCGGGGAAACCAGCAUGACGUGCCCGUCCUUCCUUUGGAUGAAGUGGAUCAUCAGACUGACAAGCUGGACACCAACGUAACGGAGGUGGACGCAGCCUCAGUUUACACGCUGCCUGCCGGGGCAGACUUCCUCAUGUGCUACUCGGUUGACGAAGGCUAUUAUUCUCACCGGGAAACUGUGAUGGGUUCGUGGUACAUUCAAGAUUUGUGUGAGAUGUUGGGGAAAUACGGCUCCUCCUUGGAGUUCACAGAGCUGCUCACACUGGUGAACAGGAAAGUGUCUCGGCGCCGAGUGGACUUCUGCAAGGACCCAAGUGCAAUUGGAAAGAAGCAGGUUCCCUGCUUUGCCUCCAUGCUAACUAAAAAGCUGCAUUUCUUUCCAAAAUCUAAGUAAUAGAGGCUAUUUUUAUCUUAAAAUCUGUAUUCAAGAUAUCUUUCCCUUUUUAUAUCGAUA